AACAGAAUGAAUUUAAAUUGAAUUUUGAAUUUUAUUUGGUUUAAAUUAAAGUUAUAUUGGUUUAAACUAGAUUUAAAUAAAUUUGAAAAAUUUAAAUCUACAUUAAUCCAAUUUUUUUGUUUUAGAUUUAUUUUUCGAUUUAUUAAAUUCUGGUAAAUCUAAGUCGAUCAUUUCUAGUUCGUAUUUGUGCACGUGAAUAUUUAAUUUUCCUUCACCACCAUUAUAUGUGAACAGAUACCUCUAUGGUCGAUUAUUUUCGCCGGAUUUUUGCCAGUUUGGCUGUAAAAUUCAUCCAGCCGGUUGCUGGCCGUACCGGACCGGAUAGAAAAAGGCUGUCCGGUUCCAACUCUGGCUGCUACUCGAUUGGCACCGUGUGUUUUUGGGAAAAAUGAUGCAUGUAACGACGAUGUUACUGCCUACCCAAAAUACAAAGGGCAUUAGUGUUGUGGCUCCAUCUUUGUGAAAAAGCAUGGUGUUGCAUUGAGGAACUCAAUCGCUAUGGUUACAGAGGAAAUAAAGCGAUUCUAAGAACUACAGCUCAACAAAACAAAUAAACUAUCUCUCGAUGUGCGUAUGUAUAAAUGAUCGCGAGCAAAUAAAAAUAACGAAAAAAGAAAUAUCAAUAUGAAAAACUGUUGUGACGCAGAUGACGUUCCUUCAUAGGCUUUUAGAAGCUUAUUGCGAAUUCUAAACUUUAGGAUCUCACGAUUCAUCCCUUGUAAUAAACCCAAAUUCCUCGAUCGGCAAGAUCUUUGAUUAAACUUUAUAAAAAUUCGUUAUUGUCGCGAAAUAGUUUUCCUCAUUGAGCAAUCGAUUGUAGAUUUGAAUUCCUCGAACUUGAAAAUCUUUUAGGGUGUGAGGUGUAGGUGUCAUAGUCUUCCAUCUACACUCCACAUCCAAUAUGUACCUGUUACAAAUAUAAUUACUAAGUGAAAAUUACUGACAUACUGUAUCUUCAAUAACAAGUUUCGUCUUUUCGUUCUGUUUACUCAACACUAUCUAUUUUUCUCUUGUUGUUCUGUUUCUACAUGGCUAUGAUAAAUAUAUCAAAGAAAAAAUAAAAAAAAAAAAAAAAAGGUGAACACAGACACCGUAUGACAACCUUUUUGUUCUUCACUUCCUUUUUCUACUCCCACAUUCAGGUAAAAUAUUACAAAAUCAUGACACACUGUCAUUAAAUAGGUGAAAAUAAGAAAGUAUUAAAUUCUAACACACAUAUUACAAACGAAACUAUAUUCGAGGCUGAAAUGAUUACUACGUGUCUUCAUACAUUACCUGUGGAACUUGUCUACAGAAUUCUUGAUCAUUGUCAUGAACUAGAAAUUCUUUGCUCACUCUCUAACGUCUGCACAAGACUCAAUGCAAUCAUAAGUACAUAUUAUCGGUAUCAGGUAAUCUUCAUUUUUUCUUCACAUAAGAAAACAUCAUAUUUAUUCUUUACACUAUUUUCUGAUAAUAGAAACAAUAUACGAACAGUUUAAUAAGACGUUCAGUUCUUUCAUAUAUUCCCUUUAAAAACAAGAAAAAUCUUAUCGUUUAUAGAUGCAUCAUUCAUUCUGUGAAAACCUACGAAAGAAUCAUUUUAACUUUUUCUUUGGGUCUUCUCUUGUGAACUUUGCUUUGAUUGAAAUGAUUCUAGAGCAUAAUUCGUUAAAAAUCAUAGACAGUUGAACCAAUACUUUCGAUUCUGCUUUGAACAAACUUUUUUUCUUGUAGUCCUCGUUUCGACUCAGUACUUUUUAAUUUUUUUGAUCCCAAUCUCGAGACUAUAACUAUUUUUGUACAUGUGUAAUGUUUAGAUAAAUUUGCUAGUUGCUAUUCAAUAGAAAUUGAAUAUGCUUAUCCUUAUUUUGUUUUCGUUAGUUAUUUCAUUACAUUGCCUACUAAUACCAAUGAAAUAAAUUUUAUUUCAAUAAAACAUUAAAAUUUGUUUAGACAUAUACCACAUUUCAAUUCGAAUGUGGGAAAAUUGACAAAGAAAAACUACAACAUCUCGCUAAUGUAUUACAAAAUAACACGACAAUCACUACACUAUGUCUUUCAUGGAGCAUAAUUGGCAAUGAAGGAUUACAAUAUAUUGCUAAUAUAUUUAAAAUGAAUACAACACUUACGACGCUUAAUCUUCAAGGAAAUCGUAUCGAUGCUCAAGGUGCACAAUAUUUAGCUAAUAUACUACAAAACAAUACGACACUUACAACACUGAUACUUUCAGACAAUAAUAUUGGUGGUGAGGGUGUUCAACAUCUGGCUAAUGUAUUAGAAAGCAAUAGAACUCUCACAAAACUUGAGCUCGAAUGCGCUGAAAUUGGUAAUAUCGGAGCUCAAUAUCUGGCAGAAGUAUUAAAGAAGAAUACAACACUUAACAUAUUGAAACUUGCUCAAAACGUAAUUGAAGCUGAAGGAGCAGGAUAUUUGGCUAAUGCAUUACAAAUAAACACAACAUUAACAUCACUCUGUCUUAGAAAUAACAGAAUCUAUGCGGAAGGAAAUCAUUUAUUACGUAUUGAAUAUUCAAUUCAUAAUGAACAUAUAUGUGAACAUAAAUGUUCAAUUAAUCAUUUAUGUUCAAUGGCAACAUAUAAUCGACAAUAUCAUCGUUGUCAUCUAUUUCAAUAUCAUAAUAAACAUUCAAUAUCACAUCCAUAUCGAUUAAAUAAUGUUUAUUCAACAUUUGCUGAUUGUUCAGGAAUAUUUUCUUUAUCUCAUACAACACAAAAACGAAUAUCAAUUGUUCAUUGUGAUUAUGAUUCAUUACCAUGGCAACGUGCUCUAAGAUCACGUUCAAUUAUAUUUCAAUCUUAUACAUUAAUUGGUAUAUCAUAUUUACCUUGUCAAGAACUUUGUUCAUCUGUUCGACAUUGUGCUGCUGUACAAUAUCAAUAUAUAAAAAUUAAUUUAAAAAAACAGGCACGUGGUUUAUAUCGAAAUCGAUGUCGAUUAUUACGUUCAGCUAAACCAUGGGAUCUUCUACCAAGUAAAUCAUGGACUGUAUUUGUUAAACGAUCAUGUCAUGUAAAAAUUAGUCAUAAUGAACUUUUUUAUCGACAUCAUCAACCUUUAUGUAAUUUUAAAUAUGUUGGUCAAGGUCAACAUAAACAUAAUCAAGGAAUGAUUCAUACAUUUCGUCAUAUAUCCGAAAUUCAAUGUCAAUAUUUAUGUUCAAAAAUAAUUAAUUGUGUUGGUAUUGAAUUUGUUGAAAAACAAUCUCAAUGUAUUCUUCUUUCUUCGAAUUUUCUUCGAAAUGAUGGUUCUAUUGAUAUUAAAAAUCAUAAACAUCAUCAUAUUUAUAUGAAAAUAUCAUGUAGUACAACUAAAUAUAUUCAAUCUGAACAAAGUUUAUCAAAAUGUUCAAUAAAUAAUCAAUAUUGUAAUUGUCAUCAAAAUCCAUGUCAUCAUGGUAUAUGUUUAUUAUCUCAACAAAGAGAAGGAUAUCAUUAUAUGUUUUGUAAUUGUUAUCAUGGUUAUACUGGUCAUUUAUGUGAUCAACAUCUAGAUAAUAAAUGUCCAUGUUUAAAUGGUGGACAAUGUCUUAAUGAUUAUUCCUCAUGUAUAUGUUCAAAUGGAUAUGAUGGUGAUUUUUGUCAGAUAAUAUCGGAUAAAAGAUAA